GCUAUGACGGAUGAAGAAUUCAACCAGAUUUAUUCUGGUAGAGGAGACGCGAAUCUCCCCACUCUUGAUAGUCUAUUCGAGGAUGUUGAUGAAGCAGGACUGGAUAAUCUUGACGGGGACGAUGAGCCUACACCGCAAAGCAACGACGUCGACGUGGAGGCAGGUGAGCCCGAGACCUCUCGAGGUCCGGACAAAGGUAAGAAAAAAUAUAAAUCAGAAUUAUUUGUUUAUCAUUUUGACAAAGACACAAAAGAUGGCAUAGUUUAUGGAACUUGUAAACAUUGCGGGACCGUCAUAAAAAUGGGAGUUUCCGGCGGUUAUGGCGGUCCGGAAAAACACCUAAGGUCGAGGCAUCCCGUGGAGUACGCCAAAUACGAGGCCAAAAAAAGGGACGACAAGAAGUGCAAACCCAAAUUUCUCGGUUUGCUAACAGAGAUUUGUAUCCUUAUGUCUCUCCUAUGAGAGAUAAAUGGUGUACUUAUUAUUUUUACAUUCCUGAUAUUUAUAAAAUAGGUAUUAUUUGUGAUCCACGAUUUAAGAUUGAAAAUUUUAAAAUUCUAAUUGAGUAUUACUACAGUUGUUUUUUAGAUAAAAAUAGUUAUUACUACAGCUAUUUAGUAGAAUGGAAAAAUGAAAGAGAUAAUGCUAUAACUCUUUUUGAGGAUUUGUUUAAGGAAUAUCAAGGGUUAUACGGUACUGUACAAGAAGAAACAGCACCACCUCCGCCCCCGAAAUCAAAAAAAGGUUUUGCCGGCAUAGUCGGUGGGCUUCUUGCAAAGAAAGGGAAACGUGCCCAGUCUUCGACGAGUUCAAGUGGUACAACAGUAAGCUCGCACAACGAACUUGCUAUGUACCAGGGUGUGCCAUGCGAUUACGAUGACGACGA